AGCUGAACGCAGGUGCUCACUGCGGGGGCGAUUUUCCCCUCUCAAACUUUUUGAGUGUAAAAUACGCGAUAUUGUGGCGCGCUGUAAUACAGCGUGAUUUUAAGUUUUAUUUUAAUUCGGAUAAAGCUUCUGACAGUUUAUGAGGUAUUAGUGAUGAAAUUAUAUACCUAUUCAGAAUGAGAAAGUGAAAUAUGUUCGGAUCGCAGUUAUUUUUACCAUACUUCGUGUGGAGACUCCGGGAAGGCGUUUCCUUUUUUUGUGGGUCUAGUCGGCGGGUAGGAUGUAGCGCCAUGCAUCGCUUAGUGCUGCUGUUGGCGGUGCUCUCAGCGAUUGCGCCUCAAACUAACUUCACUAAUAUUGACGAGUCACCCACGACAACAAUUACGAUGCCGCCGACCGUGUUCAAAAAUCCACAGCGAGCAGUGACGCCUAGGCGCGCCAAGGGUGAAUCGCCCAUGCUCAACUAUAUAUUCGACUCCUAUGCGGCGAACAACAGACAUUUCCACGACAAGUUUAGUUCGCCUUCUUUUGAUGACGACAAUUCUUCUGAAAGCAACAUUGAAGCAUACACUGGUGCAACGGUCUUCUUCAAUUGUCGCAUUUCAUCUUUGAGAGACAAGCUAGUCUCUUGGGUAAAAGUCUCUGAAGUUAGUACCGAAAUGGAGUUGCUGACAAUAGAUUUAAAUACUCACACGUCAGACAACAGGUACAGAGUAGAUUUGGGAGGAGAAAACUGGCGUUUGAUAUUACGUGAAGUGAAAGUUCAGGACUCCGGAGUCUAUUGCUGCCACGUUUCAACCCAUCCCCCAUUGUUGAAGCAUGUCAAAUUGACAGUUUAUCCGCCCGAAAUAAAACUGACUACAGAAGUAUUUGUAGAAACCAGCGAAACCCUCUCUUUGAAAUGCAUGAUAUUAUAUUUGGAUCCGGGAGAUACGAAGCCGGAAUUGCACUGGUAUAAAGGAAAUAGCACUGUAUCUCUGGAUGAGUUACGUGGCGGAGUUUUCAUCGAAACGGAUCUGAAUAAUCUCACAAGUCAUUUGCAGGUUGCUCUCCUGAAGAUGGAAGACGCUGGAAAUUAUACCUGCUCCCUGGAAGCCCCUUUGCGUAUGACAGCCGUGGCUAGAGUUCACGUUCUGCAAGGUUCGAGUCUGGCUGAGCUUCAAAGCGGUGUUAAGGUAACCACCAGCUAUUCAAGCUUACUUAUGGUAAGCCUACUGCUUGUUUUCGGGGCCAACGUAGAUAUAAGAUGACCUAAUUAAGCAAAUCGCCGAUCUAUAGGGAGACGACGGCUGGGUAGUGCAAGAAUAAAUGGGAUCAAAAUUUUACUUACAAAAUUUUACAAGCAGCUGCCGGUCAAAUUUUAAAAAUUUGAAUAUCGUCUUUUUAAGUUUAAUAUUCCUAUUCAUUCUUGCUAUCAAGUCGUAAGAUUAAAAAGAUAUAAGAUCUUUAUAUUGAAGGAAGAGUACCGUCCAAGGAUCCUUCUGAUAACAAUAAGGACCAUUAGUGAGAUUGUACAUGAAAUGUACGGAAUGGGCAAUUGGUUGUCUUGUAUCAGUAUGUAUACAAAGUGAAAAAGUCUGAUGAUCAUUUACAGCAGGUACAGC